AGGAAUUGUGGCGUUUGUAAGUCACAAGGCGCGUUGGAGUUUUGUAUGCCUCCCACCCCAACCAAAAAAGGAAAAGAAAAACCUACACCCUUCCCAUCUCUCUCACCCAAAAACUUGCAACAAAAGCUCUAUACCCAUUUUCUCUCACACCCGAAAGCCCUAGAUGCAACAAUGGCAUUAAGCUACUCCCUCUCACACCGAAAAACCCUAGAUGCAACAAUGGCAUUAAGAGCUCUCAACACAAUCUACUCGAAGCUCCUCUCUCGAAUGGCUGUUUGUUCCCUCCGCACAUUCGCUCCCAUCAACUCCAAUUCCGAAUCAGAUAAUCCAACUAAUAAUUCGGAUUCGGACUUACGUUCAAAACAACUUCCUCAUGCCGAAGGUAAGAAAAACAGAGCAUUCAAUCGAUUUAUGAAAGACGGGUCAACGUUCCCCCGCAAGGUGUUGAACGACGACGAGAAAUAUGCGAGGAUGGACAUGCCGGUGACCCGGAAGCAAGGGCUGAAACUGCUGGUUGCAGACAACUCUCUGAAUGCCGUGGAAGAGGUGGAUGAUGAUCCUCUGUCCGUGGAGGAGUACCGAAUGAGUUACUUCGGCAACAUCGAUCUUCCUCAGAGCCUCUACAAGAUGGGAAAUAUCGUAACGGAGCUCAAGGACAUUGCGUUUAGCUUGAAAGAAUCCUUCAUCGAAUGGUGCGUGCCAUUUACAUCAAGGAAGGAAAUUUUCCAAACAUUGACAAUUUUAUUGCAAGUUCUGUAUCUUUUAUCAACGAAGGAAAUUUUAAAAGCAUCCACAAUUGCAUCCCCAAUUUAGUCGUAAGUUCAAUAUAUACAUAACUUUAAUUUUUAAUUUUAUUUUUUAUCUAAUUCAGAUUUUUUUUAACAAUUAUAUUGUUUGAUCUUUAAACAACAUGUUUUUUGUGGACCCCAACAACUUUUUUUCGAACAGAAGCACAACAUUAUAUUAGAAAAUUAUGGGUUGUUCAAAAAGGGCAACACUGAUUGGCAUGUGGCUGGGGUUUCCAAGACCAGAUAUAUCUCGAUAAAUGACUUCAUGUGGUUGGUACUCUGGAUUCCUAAAAAGUACAAAAAAAGGAUUUAUAAUUACCUGUUUAAGCAGCAAAUUUAUGUUUUGGAGAGUUCUCCAAUGACACUAUUAAAAUACUCAGUACUCUGUUCUUGGAGAGCACCAUUCGAUGGACAGUACAAGUUAAAUGUUUCUGUGUUUUUUAAGAAAAAUCUUGGUGGGACCAAGGAAGCUUGUUGUGGAGAAGUAUUAAGAGAUUGUAGGGGAAGGAUUUUGGAAAUUUUCUAUAAGCCAUUUCCUGAUGCAACAUCUAGAGAUGAAGUAUUGUUACUUGGAGUGCUUCAUGGGAUAGAUGAAAUUCUUAAAAGGAGAUUGGAAGCAAAGGAUAUAUUAUUGGAGAUUAACCAUAAAAAAAUUGUCAAGGUGCUAAAUCGUGAGAACGAUAUACCAAUUGAAUGUCUUGGACUUUAUCACAAAAUUUUUGGUUCGUUAGAAUUUGAUAAAUAUGAAAUAUCAUUUCAAUAUUCUCAAGGAAACACGGUAGCUAAUAGAGUUGCGUAUAUAGCUUCGCAUCUGACCGUGGGACAGAGUUUUCCCAUAGGCGAUAGAGGUUUUGAAACAGAAGUCAGGCAUGAUCGAUUGAAUAUUCCACGAUAUGAGAUCAUCCCGAAAGAAUCGUCUGAUGAGGAAUUUGAAGUCUGGUACUUUUACUUUUCUUAUAGUAUUUUAAAUUCCUGAAAUGAGAAAGUAAUUACUGUGAUCUUGUGUUGCUCACCCGGCAUUAGAAACAAAAAUAAAUAAUAAGGGGAAAUUUAAAUUUCUCUAUUUCAUCAGUAUUAAAGUAAUCCUA